AUGCACGCCUUUGAGAUGAAACAAAGCGAGACGACACAAGAGUCCAAUACCGAAAGGGCUCGUCCAGGAGCAAAAGAAAACGAAUGGAAUGGAAUAGACGGCCCCCAGGGCAGCGGCCGGGCAAAAAGGGAGAAAGAAAGGGUAAAUGCUUCACCAGAAGCACAAACAGGCAAGAGCCCGUCAAGUCUCGAGUCUCAAAGCCCACAUCUGAAGAAGGCAGCGGAGCCAAGGGAAGAGGCCCAACCGCCGGACUGGGGGAUUCGCGAUCCGUGGGUGCGGAUGACCGUCCAAGAGUUUUUGGUUCCAUUACGGGUCUCAAGCCGGGGAAUUUUCCUCGUCCCGUUGGCCGGAACGAUCACCGAGACCCCAUGGACCAUGACAGCGGCUCACGAUGAUGCCGACGGAGACAGGAUGGAUGAGGCUGUGUUCUCCGUGUUACACGAUGAAACGGCCCCGGUGGGAGCCAAGUCCGAGAGGCGUCUCACGAUGCAGGAUGCAAGAUGCCUGAACUCGUUGAACCCCGGUCGAGUCACUGAAGAUCGGCUGGGCCACAAUCCGCCGGCAGCUAUAUACCCUUGCUCCGUCGUUGAGUCUGAGAAAAGAUGGGAUGCGAUCCUUCAGUUCAGAGACAUGCUGAGUAGCAGCAAAUGGCCGGCAUCAACCACUGAAUUCGAGGAGGACGGGAAGAACAAGAUCACUGACGAUCGGUCUAGUCAAAUCCCAUGA